CAUAAACAUUGCUAUUGAUUGCUAUUACAGUAACAGUUUAUACAUUACUGUAGUAUAAUUUUAAUAAAUUAAUUUUAACUAAUAUAUAAAUUAUUUAGCAUUUAUUUAGUCAAUCAAAACAAGCAAACAAUCAAUAUGAAAAUUUUAAGCCAAAUUUUUAUAUUGUUUUUUAUGAUUUAUACCCUACUAAAUGGCAUAUAUACGGCACCUGUAGCUAAUGAUGCUGCUGAUGAUGACCAGUAUCAAAUUGGUACGGGUAUUGCCGAUGUUACCGGGCCGGCAGCCGAAAUAAAUAUGAUGGGUUACGCAGUGGUAGGUCAGGACACUAGUGGUAUACAUUUACGGCUAUUCAGUCGGACAGUCAUUGUGGUCGACAAUACAGGCAAUCGUAUUGUUUAUAUUAAUUGCGAUCUACAGGGUAUCGCACAGAUUGUCAAAAUACAAGUUAUUGAAGAGUUAAAAGCAAAAUAUGGUGAUUUGUAUCGACACGACAAUGUACUGAUCACUGCUAUACAUACCCAUUCAGGACCGGGAGGUUUCUUUCAAUAUUUAUUAUACAUAUUUACCGCCGAAGGUUUCAUUUCGGAUAGUUUUCGGGCAAUUGUUGACGGAGUGGUUAAGAGUAUAGAUAUGGCACAUAAUAAUCUAAAACCCGGUUAUAUCUACUGGAACUCCGGUGAACUGACCGACUCGAGUAUCAAUAGAAGUCCGGCCAGUUAUGAUAACAAUCCCAAAGAGGAACGGGAUCAAUACAAAUACAAUACGGAUAAGACAAUGAAUAGUAUGAAGUUUACCGAUUUGAAUGGUAAGCCAUUGGCACUAAUCAAUUGGCACGCCGUCCACUGCGUCUCAAUGAACAAUACUAACCAUUUGAUUAGUAGCGAUAAUAAAGGCUACGCUUCCCUAUUGUUUGAGGCCGACUAUAAUCCGGGACAUUUGCCGGGAAAGGGACCAUUUGUGGCCAUCUUUUCGCAAGCAAACGAAGGUGACUCCUCGCCCAAUACUGCCGGUCCCCGUUGUAUUGACACUGGCCUACCCUGCGAUUACACUAAUAGUACCUGUAAUGGAAAGAAUGAAAAAUGUGUUGCCUUUGGUCCGGGAAAAGACAUGUUUGAGAGCACAUCCAUAAUAGCCAACAAACAGUACCUGAAAGCUAAGGAACUGUUCAAUAGUACGGAACAUAAGCUGAAAGGUAGUGUCCAGUAUAUCUAUCAAACGGUUAAUAUGUCUAACUAUACGGUAAAUUUGGGGACAAAUAUGACGAUUAAGACAUGUAAGCCAGCGCUGGGCUAUUCGUUUGCUGCCGGAACUACCGAUGGAGAGGGAGCUAAGUUUUUCCAUCAGGGAACACAUAAAGGCGAAGAACCAAAACUCUGGGACUUUGUCAGAGAUCUGAUCAAAGAUCCGUCGAAAGAACAGGUCGACUGCCAGAGUCCUAAAGCCAUACUCUUGGAUGUCGGCGAAAUGAAGUUUCCGUUUGAUUGGACACCCGAUAUAGAGCCAACACAAUUGCUACGAAUCGGCGAUGUGGUCAUUGCUGCCGUUCCCGGCGAAUUCACAACAAUGUCCGGUCGGCGACUGAGAGCAGCCGUACAGAAAACAUUCGCUUCGAAUGGUCAACAAGUUCAGGUGACCAUUGCCGGUCUGGCCAACUCGUACAGCAACUAUGUGGCCACUUAUGAGGAAUAUCAGAUCCAACGAUACGAAGGCGGAUCCACUAUGUAUGGACCGCAUACUCUCCAGGCAUACAUUCAACAGUACGUAACACUGGCCACCAAUAUGGCCAAACAGACUCGUGUAGCGCCGGGACCCGAAAUGCCCAACUUGUUGUCCAAAGAGAUAACAUUGAAACCGGGUGUUGUAUUGGACGCGGCCAAGGCUGGCCAUAAAUUUGGUGAUGUACUCGUACAGCCCCAGAGCACAUAUCAUACGGGCAGUCAGGUUAAGGUGACGUUUGUUGGGGCACAUCCACGAAAUAAUCUUAAACUAGAGUCAACUUAUCUGACAGUUGAACGGCUUAAUCAAAAUACUAAUCAAUGGGAAGUGAUUGCCACGGAUGCCAAUUGGGAGACAAAAUUUGUAUGGCGUCGGACUAACGCUGUUUUAGGUAACAGUGAAUCGGAUAUUAUUUGGGACAUACCUGUGGGUACACCUAAUGGCAAAUAUCGGAUCAUGUAUUUCGGCGAUCAUAAGAGCAUUCUGGGACAUAUCACACCCUUCGAGGCCAUUACCCAAACAUUUCAAGUCCAGUCUAACAAAUAUUAUUGAAGAAAAAAUUAAAAAUAAUAUUAAAUACAAAAAUUGAUAAAUA